GAUAAAUAAUUCAUCAAAUUAAUUACGAGUACGUUAAAGCUUCAAGAUUACACACCUUGAUUCUUCUUUUCGUUUGUAUAUUCAUACAAAUUAUAUCUUCACUUUGCCUAUGUCCAUCAGGUGUAUUAAGUUUAAAGUAACAAUUUUCCGUUGGAUUGCAACAGUGCAUUGUGUGAUACCAAUUGAGUUAAAAUUCAAAAAGUUCUCACGACUCGUGUUCUUAAGUUCCGCUUUUAAAAAAUAACCAUUUUAUUUUUAAUUUAGUCUUUUUUGUUGUCAUUUAAUUAAGACAAAAUAUUAUCUGUGCAGAUAAUUGGCAAUUUUAAAAGUUCCAUAUUUAAGUGAUCACAAACGUAUAGAGUACUGCAAUAAUUUAAUAAUAUAUCACUCGAAAAUAUAAAAAUACAAAAAAAAAUUAAAUUUAACAAAAAACGGAACUUUAAAUAAAAGCGACCAGCAACACUUUAAAAAGAUUUCAUGUAGAACUGCGUUCACCUAUCUAUGAAACAAAAACUUUCCGGUUUCUAUAGGAAACAUAUAAAAAAUUGAAUAAAAAACAUCAUCCGUAUAUAUGUAGCUAUAUCAUUAUCAUUGCACUCCACUUAGUAACAUUGGGAUACAAUUUUCAAAAAAUCUGAAGUUCCCAUAUAAAAUAAAAACAAAGCGUUAAAAAAGAACAAAAAUCGGCACACAAAAGUUUACUUUUACUUGUUUUUGGCAGAUGCUCAGAAGUGUCGUUUUUUUAUAUUUUUCAUCUACCGGAAAUUGAGGAUAUAAAUUUUCACAUUGCAUUUUCUCAAAAAUUGUUUUUAAACAAAAAUAAAAACAAAUAAUAACAAAGAAACAACAACAAAAACAAAACAUAAAAUAGGAAGCAACUGCAUUUGUCUGGAUUUAUUGAGCGUACGUUGUGUUAAAUACUCUUGUGAGGAUAUAUUUUCCCUUUGCCGAAUAACCAAUUGAAAAAUCGCUUCCAUCUGGUGCAUGUUCUUAUUCCUCACAGAUUUCUCUCCUUGUUUUAAAACUACAACAUAACAUAUACAAUACAUCAGAGUUACAAAAACACACAUAUCUACCUAUACCGAAAAUCCAAAUAAAAGAGGAUAUACAAUUUGUGAAUUUCCGGUGCUGCGAGUUUAACUGCUUCAAGGAACAACAUAUUCGUACUAUAAACAAUCUCUCUAUACAAAGAACGAGAUGGCGGCAGCAGGAGUUCUAAAACUUUGCGAUUCGCACAAGUCCUUUGCAAUGAUAACAAAUUUUCUGAUCGUGGGUAUUAGUGUUGCAAUUUGUAUGGUGAAUGCUUUUGAUGACAACGAUUUCAACAAUGAACCAAGAGAAGUGUCACUGCAAAUGAAUAAUCAACAACAACAAUUACAACAGCUACAGCCUUUUAAUUUUGAAAAAUUGCAUCGUUUUCGUAACAAAUUGCAAAGCAGUAAUCAGAAUUCCCGAGAAAGAGUUUACAUCAACAAAAAUGGCAACAGCGAAAAUAACUAUAAAAAUCUACAAACAAUAGAAGGGGAGAGAUUACAGAAAAAUGAAGACAUAAAUGAUAUCCAAAAACCUCAUCAGACCACCAAUAACCAACCAAAUUUCAAUGAAAUGGAAUUCUACGACGAAUUUGAAUCUAAUCUUCCCUAUGGAAUUCAGAAUGUCCGACGGGAUCUCAGUAGUCGAUCUAGCCGCAGCCAACCACGUCUGCACAAACCGAAGACCACCUUCCAGUCGUUGUGUCCCUCGAAGCGUCUAGUCAUCCCACUGGAGACCAUUCAAUACAUAUACCGUCCGGAUCACUAUGAGGAAGUAACCUGCUACCACAGCUACGCACCGAACCGGGACUACCUUUCCGAAACCAAUAAGGUCUGCAGCGAGGCAGGAUUCACUUGCAUCCAAUUGAAUCGAACUGUAUAUCUGACGAGGCGUGCUAAGGACUCCGAUUGUUGGGAAUCUGAGACUCGUAUCGUUCCCUCCGGCUGUGAGUGCAUGUGGCCGAAGCACACCUUCGGUGACAUCAUCACGUACCACUGAAUUUCGAAAGGACCACAUCAAUAUCACCGACAACACCACCAAUUGUAAAACCGUUAACAACAUGUCCCAACCACACACAACUUUCAACUGUAUAUCUGUAUAUACAUACCUAUGCAAGAGAGUACAAACGACAAAAAUAUUGUAACGGAGUUAUUAUAUUUGAUGAAACAAUUGCAAUUAUAAAACUAAUUUAAAUAAUUUCAUUAUUUUACAAAAUAUUUUAUGAUCAUAAAUAUUGUAGAUAGCACAUAAAAUUAACAACAAAUAUUUAAAUAUUCACCUCAGUUCCACUUAUUUGGUGAGUAUUUGGUAAAAUUUUGAAAUGGAAAUCUCUUAUGUAACCGUACUUUUAAUGAAAUAAUUGCAUAUUUAAAUUUACAAAUAAUUAUGUUUUAUUAUUAAUAAAAAACAAUUAAAAAAGAAGUAUAUUUCACUUAAAUAAAAUAAAAUAAAAUACUGUACAAAACCAAAAUAUUGUGAAAUAGUUUAAAAUAAUGUCAAUUAUAUCUACCUACA